AUGUUCAUAAAUACCCUUGUCAAAGGAAAAAUCAUAGUAAAAGUGUUAAUUGAUACAACAUCUAAAUAUAAUACUAUUAGCAAACACUUAUUCGAUAAGCUUGAAUCUGAUCACAGAUUAAAAGCAAAAAUAAGCUUUGGAUAUUCUUCCAAAACCCAUGUCCACUAUGCUAAAAUUGUAAUAGAUAGUAUGAGCAUCCUGUUAUUCGAUGAAAACUUUAACAAAGCCAGCUCUAUUAAAAAUAAUUUAUCUAAAUCAAUAGAAUCUAAACCUGAUAGACCUAAAGGGUCAUUGCUUUGCAACAUACCUCCUAUACAUCUACUAUCCAGAAGAUUAAAUGAUAAUGUUUCCAAAAAUAAGAGUAAGAAAAAUAAUGUCAAAUAUUCCACAGAUGCUUCUUCUAAUUCAGACACUUCAGACAGCAAUUCAAGUAAUUUUUCUACAUCUAGUUCAGAAAUAGAAGUUACACAUGCAUAUAAGACUAGAGUAGUAAAGAAAUACCCUAUUCGAAAGCGUAAAGUAAAAGGAGAACUUAACAAAAAAUACUCCAAACAAACAGAAUUAUUAAAAGCCUUAGGAAUAAAUAUCUUAAAAGGUCAUCCAAACUCUCUCGCAAGCAAUAUCACAAUAUCAGAGCUAGAGAAUUGUUAUGAAUGUAAUGAAAAAAUUUUAUUAAAUCUACUCAAAGCAUUUAUCACGCUCGUGUGUGGUCAUAGACUCUAUUCUGACUGUCUUGAAAAAAGUAAUAGAGAUAAACAAAAAACUUGUCUCAUUUGUUUCAUAAAUAAUGAAGGAACAGCAUUAGCUGAAGUUCAGGACGUAGAUAUGUCAGAGGUAGAAGAAGAUGAAGGUGAAGAAAUCUCUAAUCUAACAGGGAUGGUAAAUAAGUUAUCUGUAGAUAGUGAUAAAGCUAUCCCACGAAGUGAAACAAAAUCUAUAGAACCUGAUAAAGUACAAGGUUUAAUAAAAGAACUAUCUAUUCCAAGUGAGCUGAUUGAUGAUAACGAUAGAGAAAAUAAGAGCAAAGAAUCAAAACCAAUAACUUUACUCCAGUUAUACUAUAAUGCAAACUGGGCAGAAAAAUGU